AUGUCGUCGGAAGACAAGUACGAGACCCUGGAGAAGAUUGGCCAUGGCUCCUUCGGGGUAAUUCGAAAAGUGCGCCGAAAGGCCGACGGCUUCAUCAUGUGCCGCAAGGAGAUUUCGUACCUUCGCAUGUCCCAAAAGGAGCGCGAGCAGCUCCAUGCCGAAUUCCAGAUCCUCUCACACUUGCGCCACGCCAAUAUCGUCGCCUACUACCACCGCGAGCACCUCAAAGCCAGCCAGGACCUUCACUUGUACAUGGAGUACUGUGGGAAUGGCGACCUCGGACGAGUGAUCAAGGACUUGCAGCACAAGGGGCAGAGAGCACAGGAGAGCUUCGUAUGGAGUAUUUUCAGCCAACUCGUCAUGGCGCUGUACCGAUGCCACUACGGUGUUGAUCCGCCCGAGGCGGGUGCGAAUGCACUUGGUUUGACGCAGGGGAGUGCAAAUGGGACGCCAAAGGUGCCUGCCGGUGCCAUGACUAUUCUUCACCGAGACCUGAAGCCUGAGAAUGUCUUUCUGGGAGAAGAUAACUCGGUCAAGUUGGGAGACUUUGGAUUAUCCAAGAUGAUCAAGUCUCAUGACUUUGCAUCUACAUAUGUCGGCACGCCCUUCUACAUGUCGCCUGAGAUUUGUGCGGCGGAGAAGUACACUCUCAAGUCAGACAUUUGGUCACUCGGUUGCAUCAUUUACGAACUCUGUGCACGGGAGCCUCCUUUUAACGCAAAGACACACUUCCAAUUGGUACAGAAGAUUAAGGAGGGAAAGAUCGCUACGUUGCCUGAAAUGUACUCCCCUGAGCUGAAUCAGGUUAUCCGAGACUGUCUUAAGGUGAAUCCAGACAGGCGACCAGACACGGUUCAGUUGCUCGAUUUGCCAGUUGUCAAGUUGAUGCGCAAGGAGAAAGAAGUCGUCGACUUGAACAAGUCCUUGCGCGCAAAGGAAGAUCUUCUCCACCGGAAGGAAAAGGAGUUGAAUGAGAGAAUUGCCAACCUUGAACGAGAGAGACAGAUGAUGCGGGAGGAGAUUGAUUCCCAACUGCGGAUGGAGUGGGAGGUCAAGGCUCGGCUUGAGAUUGAUCGCCUUGCCAAUGUGGAAAUCGAACAACUACAACAGCGAUUUGAGGAGGAGAUUCAAGUACGCGUCGACGCCGAAUUACAAAAACUAAAGCAUUCCAAUCUUGUACAGCCAGAAGCGACCCUUCCCAUUGAAGAUUAUGCCUCAGCUAUUGCUAAGCCGGAUAUUCCGCAAUCAUCGACAGGCGGCAGCGGCGAUGGGUUUCCUUCAACAACAGAUCCUAGCGAAUACUCUCUCAACAGUCCAGAGGCAUCAAAAGAGCCGAAACGAGCAGCACGAACACCAUUUGGCCGAGCCCAAACAAUGUUUGCCGGCCACGCUGGGACGCCAAUGGACGUUGAAAUGGCAUCGCCCAGUCCCAUGGCCAUUGCCAACCUCUCUUUGUCUCCCCGUCGUGGCGGAGCGACCAAGGCCCCUACAAGCCAUUCGGGCAACAUCUUUGCAGCCAAUGCAAACAAAUCUGCGGAUCCUAGAUGGGACCUUCGCGAACCGCUGUCCAUCGACUCUGACGAUGAGGACAUUGUCCCCUCACCCACGCGGAACAUUCGCUCUGCCAAUAAUCCGUUUACUUCCAAGAAUCGGCCUGUCCUCUCCUCACAAAAGUCCUGCCCUCUCAACCGCCUCAAGCCUCAGGCGUCGGCCACCGGAUUAGUCUCCAAGGCAGUAUUUGGUCCUCAGGCCGAGCCACGCCCACGCUCGCCGACACGACAAAUCAGCAAGAUUCCAUCAAUGGCAAGCCUGCCAACAGAUACAGGCGGCGGCUUGACGCGGAAACAUUCCGUCAAGAAGGACAUCAAUGGCGGGGAGGCUCUCAAUAAGAUGGCGGCUAAGAACAAUAUCAAGGGUAGGACCCUGGUUGAACUGCAACAAGCUCGCGCUGGAGGUCGUCCGAUGAGUGCCGGUGGUGGUACUCUUGAGAAUGUCAGCCCUAAGCGUGCUAUGUUUAAGGAGAAGGUCUGCGAGCGGAGAGUGAGCGGAGGUAGUGGCAGUGGCAGCAGCAGCAGCAGCAGCGGCAGUGAGUCUGUAGCUGUUUGGGACCCAGAGAAAGAUGAGAUGCCCAGUCCCUUUUUAGUAAGGCAAAAGCGUAUUGUCAAGGUAUAG